CUUCACAUUUUAUCAUCACAAAAGCCCUAAAAUAUUAAUUCUGCGCAAUUAAUUUACUAAUAUUUGUUUAAAAUCAUUAUUUUACGAGUUUAGUGAAUCUUAUCAGCUCAGUUGUUUCGCGCAGACGUAGGAACGCCAUGUUGGUUGCAAAUAAUAUGCCCCAAGGGGAUAUGCCAUUUUAUCGACAAAGUUGAGUUGAGCGUGUAUUUCGUGCAUUGUCUAUCGCUGGUCGAGGAAAAAGUGCAGUGGUUGCAUUAUAGCAGCGCGCAAACGUCGCAAGCGCAGUCGAAAUGGAGGCACAGCCGGAGGCAGCACCACGGGACAUGAAAUUCAUCAGCGUGACCAGUUCUCUGCUGACCGACGAGCAACGGGAAAUGUACGAGUCCGUACUGUCAACAUGGAAGCCAGUUGAGUUCGAGCAACCCGUCAAGAGAUACAUAUGCCCAGAAUGCCACAAGGAAUUCAAGAACUACCAAAACCUCUACUUGCAUACCACCAGAGUGCAUUCUACGAGGGACUCCGCUGUUGUCUGCAAUGUAUGUGAUAAAACUUUCAAAAACAAACAUUACUUGUACAUGCAUAGAAUGAACAAGCAUUAUUCUGAGGAUGAGAAGUGUUACUGUCAGUUUUGCAUGCAAGAGUUCAGAACGAGUCGAGCGUUACACAUGCAUGUUAAAAAGUUUCAUCCCGCUGCGGUGCCGGAGAUCAAGUGCGAAGUGUGUGACAAACAAUUCUCUGUUCCUUACAAGCUAAAGUAUCAUAUAGAAGCUUGCCAUAAAGACAAGAAGCAAUACAAAUGUCAGUUAUGCCAGAAAUUAUAUGCAAGCAAAUUAAAUUUAAAUAGACAUUUACAGACACAACAUACUGAAGUUGAACGGCAUCCGUGCGUGUUCUGCCCAAUGACUUUCAAGUCUAAACAUCACAUGAAACGCCAUAUCUUAAACAUACAUCCUCCGCUAGAAUCUAAAGCGACUUGCCCGGAAUGUUCUAGAGAAUUCAAAAACGAGAAAUAUUUAAAAGAGCACAUGCAGAUACAUUCGUCUUUAGAAACUAAAGUGAAAUGCGAUGUUUGCGAUAAAUUCUUCCAUUCCGCCAUUCGUUUGAAGAAACAUAAGAAAAUUGUGCAUCCAGAACCUAAACCUAUGAUUCGAUGCGACAAAUGCGACAAGGAAUUUAUGCAUGCACAUUAUUUGAGAAGACACUACAACGCUGUUCAUGUUGAAGUGGAUGAGACCCAAUACGAACAUGAAUGCGACCAGUGCGGUAAAAAAUUUAAGAUUAGAAAGUAUCUGCUUAACCAUUUGCAGCGGCAUGAGCAGCAGCAAUUGAAGAGUUUGUCUACGAUGGUUAAAACGGUUAUGGGCGAGGAUGGGAAGGAAAUUGAGGUUCCUGUGCCGGUGAAGAGACGGGGCAGGUCAAAACAGCCACCAAAGGAUAUAGAGUUUAUUAAGUGUGAGCCGGAAACCAGUUCGGAGUCGGGGUCAGAUGAAACUGAUACAGAAUCAGAGUAGUAUUUCCUUGAGUUUUAAAAAGCCAAUUUUAGCUAUAAGCUUUUAUUGCCGAGUUAAGUGUAUAAAUAUGGGUGCACUCAUCAUACUCAAAAAUAUGUCCUAUAGCUCUUAUGUCAGCGAAUUAAGAACUAUGGGACAUAUUUUUGAGUAAGUUUUAUGCACCAUAUCUUUAAACUUGACUGGACGACCGCGUUUUUUUUUUGAGAUUGAUAAUAUAUGCGUAGCGAGCGCUGGAGGUCUAGCGGUAAGAGCGUGCGACUUUCAAUCCGGAGGUCGCGGGUUCAAACCUCGGCUCGUACCAAUGAGUUUUUCAGAACUUAUGUACGAAAUAUCAUUUAAUAUUUACCAAUUGCUUUUCGGUGAAGGAAAACAUCGUGAGGAAACCGGACUAAUCCCAAUAAGGCCGGGUUUCCCCUCUGGGUUGGAAGGUCAGAUCAGUCAGAUGGCAGUCACUUUCGUAAAAACUAGUCUACGUCAUUCUUGGGAUUAGUUGUCAAGCGGACCCCAGGCUCCCAUGAGCCGUGGCAAAAUGCCGGGAUAACGCGAGGAAGAAGAAGAUUGAUAAUAGUUAGGUAAUCAAAAUUUUAGGUAAGCAUAAUUAUGGGACUUCAUUUAUCUAUCUAUGCGGUGGGUGAUGCGGGAAGGAAAAAAAAACAAUUUAGCUUUAAUAAUUUGGGUAUCUGGCUAGUUUUUCUUCUAUCCCACCUGAUUUUUUUUUUUUUUUUAAUCUGGUUUUUAUGGAGGCUUUGGACACUAGGUGAACAUGUCAGCCUCAUGGGCUGAUUAAAUUUAGAUUAGAAUUAAAGGAGCUGGCACCUAUUACAAGAUAAUUAUGAUUUCAUAGAGAUAGUUACUUACUUACAGUACUCGGCUAUAAAUAUUGCGCAUCGGUCUUUAGAAAGAGAAUAUCGGAGACAACAAGAGAGAAAGAGACAACGCUCUGCGAAGCCGAAAUUCCGAUGUGCAAUAUUUAUCGUCAAGUACAGUAUAUUAUGUUUUGCAAAAAGUAUUAUGUGAGAUGUAUUGACAUAAAAAAGUUGUAAAUAAUUAUGAAAACUAUCUUGCUUUAUAAUUAUUCUAGUUAUAUAUACAAGGUGGCUAAAAAAUAAUUACAUUCCCAUUGCCAGGGAGGUUUUGGGAUUAUACUGAGCAACUUUUAAUAUGGGACCAAUCCCGAAAUCGCGAAAAAAUAUUUGGCUGUUUCAUACAUUUUGGCUGGUCCAUUUUCUAUCGGAAGGUAAAUUUUUUCGCUAUUUCGUGGUUGGUCCCAUAAUAAAAGUUGCUCAGUAUAAUCCCAUAACCUCCCUGGCAACGGGAAUGCAAUUAUUUUUUAGCCAUCCUGUAUAGCAAAUUGUACAUUAUCUCUGCUACCAUUAAUUAAUAGGUAUUACGGAAUUUCAUCCUUUUGAAUAAGACUUAGAGCUAGCGAGUAAGAGCAAAAUACCCCUCUAUG